AUGUCUGUUAGAUUGAAAGCUUUACCCUUUGUAUUUUAUAGAGCAGUAAAAAUAUUUGACAGGUAUUGUUGCAAGAGGAUUAUCUUGCUUGAUAAAGCCCAAUUGAUAAUUUCUACAUGUCUUUGGUUAGCCGCAAAGUUCGAGGGAGGGAAUAGCCACUUCGUUAAUUUGAACAAUAUUGAGAAGUUGGCCUCGGUUAAGACUAUCAAUGACUUGGGUUACGGUGCUGGGGGUAAGUUCAAGGGUCCAACGGAAAGGUACCGUAUGCCCAAACUCAACGAGUUCAUCAAAUUAUGUGGUACGAAAUGCAACUAUUCAGUUAAACAGUUCAAGCAAAUGGAAUUGCAUAUAUUAAAGACCUUGAACUGGUCGUUCAAUGAUCCGUCCAUUGAAGAAUUUAUUGUCCAAUCCCCGGAAUUUAGUAUUUUGAAACAAAACGAAUUGUUCCAAGUUAAAAGGUUUAUUUCAUAUGUUUCCGUUUAUUCAUUUGCCCUCAUGAAUGUUGGUGUUCUCAAUUUAUGUCUAGUAAUCACCGACUUGGUCAACGAAAUCCUAAAAACCCGAGAAACAAGCAAUCACUAUGACAAACUAUGUCAUUCAAUUAAUAGAAAAGACUACUUGUUUAUCAAACAGCACCUUAUCAAGGCAAUUGUCGAUGCAUCCGGCCCGCUAUUAUGCUACUUUAACUCCAAAGGUCCUAAUUAUUUCCACCAUAAUGUUAUGAAUAUUUACACCAACUCGUUUGGGUCUACUCUCGAUCCAGCUACUAAUUUGACUCUACUCCCUAAAGAGCUAUAUCCUGUCUUCAAAAAGAAUGCUUCUAUAUUUGCAAAUGAUACGUUCAUUUCUGCAUCAUCAACCACGUUAUCCACUGCCUCAACCAUACUUCCCAUAUCAUCACCUACUUCUACCAACACUCUUUCUACGUCAUAUUCAUAUCCAUCCCCACAACGCUAUAACACUAACUGUGUCAUCAAGCCAUCUUCGCCAGAGUCGUUGAAUUAA